AUGUUGAAGUUACUCCUCCCUGACAGUAGGUGGCGAUAUCGGUCUGUGUGACUGUGCCAGUAAACGUAGAAGAAGUGGGUGUUUGUAGCCGUCAAGCUGGCAGGUAAAGUCAUUUUACUGUUUAUUCAUUGCCAAUAAGUGUCUUAAUCAACAUGUUUUCAGUAUAUAAACCAUCAUAGCUCGCGUUGCGACAGUUAUGAUUGCCGAUUGAAGGCUGUCUUUUCUAAAUAACACAGAGUUAUCUCGUUGUAAAGUUGGCUAGACGAGCUAGCAUAUUGUUUUGAAGCGUUAUACUGUUUUUGUCAUUUCAUAUGCUGUUAUUAAGUCUGGCAGCAGCUCUGCACCUACACAUUUAUGUCUCUAUAUAAACAUUAUCACAGCGUAGAUACAGUGUUGACGAAUAUGACAGCUGUACGUAUAUAAUUUUACCCCAAACACUAACAAACAGCUGUUUCCUAACGGUGUCAUUGUACAUUCUUGUUUGUGAUAUGUUCAGAAACAAUGGAUCAGAAGAUUCCUUAUGAUGACUACCAGCUCCCAGUCGUUUUUCUACCCUCAUAUGAGAACCCACCAGCAUGGAUACCCCCACAAGAGGUAGGGUAGGGAUAUGGUAGGGAUAUGGCUCAACUUACCCUGCUCCUUUGGUCAACUUACCCCAUACACGGAAGAAGUCGACCAUAGGAGACAUUGGCAUGCUGUAUUAUCAAGACAGUUAUGUUAACACUCAUUCUGUUGGUUUGCAGGGAUGGACAACAUCUUGAAAUAUAUGCAGAUACGCUAGUUAUAGACAAAACUAUGAUUGACUUGAUGUAGUGAUCCAAAAUAUGAAUGGCUCAUCUUACCCCUCUCUCCCCUACAGGAAAAUUUUUUAAUACAUUUAGGGCAGCACUGUCAUCACAUGUCUCAGUGCAACACUUAAGCCAAAUCAGGCAGUUAUGGAGUUGAAACUAUUAUUGUCACUGUUUGCCAGUGGCCUCCUUUAUCUUUCUCUUGUUGUCCUGUGGCUCUUGGUCAGUGACUUUGGCCUUUUCCAAGGUUUUAGUGGUGUUUUUGAUAUCAAACAGCUGUCGUUGCUUGUUUUCAGUGUGUUCUCGCUGCUGCACAAAAGAUUUUAUCAAUAAUGGAAACACACAGCAUUAGCUUUCAGACCCGGAACAGUCACAACAUGAACCAAAAAUGGGUCACAGGAGCCAAAGGAACAAGGACCAAAAAAAGAUCGAAGGGUUGUGUUGCUGCUUAAGAGCUUUAAGAGGAAAAAAAUUUAAACUUUGUUCAGUUAUUUUCACCUAUCUCCAAAGAAAUUUCUCUCUGAAUACAAGUUUCUCUUGCUUAGUCAAAAAGUGUAGGAUAAAUCAAGCUCACAGAGUCAUUAUAAAUGUAAUGCUGACACUCUAAUUUUAUGUUGUUGUCAGCUCUCUUUCUAUCUGUUGAUCUAUUUUUGUGCGUUUUAGCGAGUGCAUCAUCCAGACUACAACAAUGAGCUUACCCAGUUUCUGCCCCGCACCAUUGUACUGAAGAAACCUCCGGGAGCACAACUGGGCUUCAACAUCCGUGGGGGCAAGGCAUCACAGCUGGGGAUCUUCAUAUCAAAGGUGUGCCUUUGUUCGUGUGCAGCACUGGCGUUUGAUAUGAAUUUAUCAUAAAUACUUGUCACAUGUACUCUAAAAAAAAGAUCAUGAUCUUUGAUUUCUGUGCCUGUAUGAUAUGAUUGAAAUGUUUGCAGGUGGUCCCGGACUCAGACGCCCACAGAGCUGGUUUACAAGAAGGGGACCAGGUUCUUUCUGUGAAUGAGGUUGAUUUCCAAGACAUAGAGCACUCAAGAGUAAGUAUGAGCUCUACCGUCAAGCUAAUUUAUCAUAACCUGGUCCUACAGUGCCUUUCUGACUAGAUGUGACUGGAGACAAUCAUGGAGGGAUGGAGUGUAUAUGUAUGUGGAAAAAUCUCACCGUUAAAGAAUACAGUUUUAUUAGAGAUCACAGUUAAAAGGACACAAGAGGAUUGUAUCUCUGUUGAAAUCAACUCAAUGUUACAAGAAUACAAAGCUCAAACCAGAAUCUCACACAGUUAUGUGACAUUAUGAUUGUUUUUUAUGAUAGAGACCUAGUUACAGACAACAUACUCAUCCUCUCUUGCCAAAGAUUCAUCAUUUGGUAUCUCAACACUCUUAAACACAUUCUUUAUGACUUUUAGAUUUAUGGACACAUUGCUCAUACUGUUGUGAAGAGAAAUAUUUGUUGUAAGUGAGCAAAAUGAGAGCCAGAUGGCCACCGGGGGUAGGGGGUGGGGACACCAUUGAUAAGUUAGGUGGUUCUAUUUAAGGACUGUCUUCUUCUUCUUCUGCGGGGGAAUUUGGCUGGUUUGGUGAUAUACCUGUUUUACCUCCUGGUGUAAUGCCUGCUCAUCUCACUUAGAUAAAGUCUGUUCUGAUCUGCAAAGUUUGUGUGGUUCCCCUUCUGUGCAGACGUCACCACAUAUUUUUGGCAAUGAGGUUGCAAAUGGCUUGCUGACAAUGGUAUCUCUGCCCUGAACCUCGUAUAUUCUCCAUAGGUAUUAUUAAGAGGAAGAUGAGCAACAUACAGAUGAGCUGAAGGCCACUAUCAAGGCCACAAUAACACUUUAGCAGUGCCACAGGCUGAUGGCCUCAAAGCCACACUGAACUGAUGCAAUGAAGCCCAAACGAAGCAUGAAGUGUACACAAUAGCUGAGUUUACUUCUUAGAAAUUGGACAUUUCUGUAUUCAAAAUCUUUUUUUGUGGAUCUUUGCAAAUAUUUUAACGAUUUAAUUUGAUGAUUUCAUAUUUUUUGAAGCCAUAAUAUCUAGAUCAAUACCAAAAAAAUUGAAAAUAUUUCCCUUUACAUGUCAGAGAUGUCAAAAGACAUGAAAGUUUACCUUUUUGGAUCAAACAAAACAUAAAGGAAUAAAUACAAUUCUCAUGAGAUUUUAAUUUCGUGAGUUGCAUGUGCCUGUAAGUGAGUCCAGCGUUGUACUUUUCUACAUAAGCUUUUUAUUGUUGCUCCUCUUUCAUAUUUCAGUGCAAUAACAUGAUUUCUUUUCUUCUUUAGGCUGUAGAAAUUUUGAAAACUGCACGAGAAAUAUUGAUGAGGGUUCGCUUUUUCCCCUACAGUAAGUGAUGAGCAUGUUUCUAGUCAUAACUUUUGUUUUUGUCCAUUAAGGACAGUGGCCACAAAUACCCCUUUUAAAUAUAUCACCCAGGAAACCAUAAAGAAAAGCUCAGUUUAGGUUUUGUUGGUGUUCAAGAAAGAAUUGUACAAUAAAGAUGACUUUCCUGCUGUUGUUUCCCUCAGAUUACCAGCGGCAGAAGGAGAGGACUGUACACUAGGUGGCAGCAAAGAGAGCAGAGGAAGAGAGACGUGGCCAGAUUUGUCACUGCAUGUCAUUAGCCUCCUCCCACUCUCUGUCCUCCAUUCUGCCUCAGCUUCAAGAUGACUCGUGUAUGACUAACAGACCCAUUCAAAGUCCUUCAUGUAAGGCAGACAUCCACUCUUUUACUCUUAAAUUCCUCUCCCACCAAGGAAUCUGAUCACUCCCUGUUUACUGUGAGAUGGUGUGAUCAUGAUUUAUGGACAGGAGGUCAUUUUAUAGUUUCUUUAAAUUCAGUGGAUUGAUAAGUGGAAGCUGAGACAGUAUUUUAAAUGAGAAAUUAUCAAACUUGUGCACACUUUCUGGUCACGUUGCUCGAUAAUCAAUUCACUCUACUUGUUCACUUUUUCUCAACCUCUUUUUCAUGAUUUCUGAUACAGUCCUGACAUCAUGUCACCACAUACAGGAUUGUUUCUGUCUAUUCUGUAAAUUUUUUUACCUAAUUACACUGACAGUAAUGAGAUGAAUAUUUUACACUCUGUUACUUGUUUACCAAUAUGUAGAAAUGUGUUUGAGGUUAAAUACAUGACACUGUAAUACAUCUAAAGGACCACAAACUAGUGCCUCCACAAUAGAUAUACAGUCUAAUCAUCAACUCAACUAAUACUGAGCAUUAAAACCUUCAUAGAGAGAUGGAUACUUUUAUGGGAUAGUUGUGAAUAGUAUUGGAAGGGUGUACAAAUUGGUCAGCAACUGGGUGGAUAUAAAUGUAAAAGCUGUUCUUUAUGAAUUGAAUUUGACUUCACACUGACGCUAACUGUAUGGUAGAGAAGGAAACUGAAAUAAUGGUGCAAGACUUCUGGUAGACGUUUGAAUCUAACUGACCUAGAUGUAUCACUGUGAGUAUACUAUGUAUUCAGUUUUAAAUAUUUAACAAGAAAAGAAAUAUAAUCCUAUAACAGAUUUCUGAAUAUCACCUUUUUAUGGCCAGGUAUUAAUUUGGUUUGGAUUUCGUACUUGAGUUUAUGAAAAAUUUCACCUGCGCUGACUGAUAUUUGUUAUUUAAUAUGUAAACUGUAUAUUUGAGUUGUCAAUCUGUUAAAGCAUAUAUUCUAACAUGCUAUUUGAGUGCAUGGUGUUUGCACUUUGUGUCUGGUAGCUGAUUAUAGGGAUAGAGCUGCAAAGGAGUGUUUGUGUGUGCACUGGAGACCCUGGUACUGGCUGGAUUGUCUCCCAACUGAGGACUUUGUCGGGAGCUUUUAAUUCGACUUUCUAUUUCAGAGUACGUUUAUCCUUAACCUCAUCAUGUCUGCAAACAUUUUAAUAGUUCUAGAAAACAGUUCAGUAGAUGUGGUUGUUAAUGCACUAUGCUAGUAUACAACAUGUUUUUGUGUCAUAUUCUGUACAUAAAGGAAAUAUGUUUUGGCUUUCUAUCCAAUUAAAUACUGACCUUUCAAGUGUUUGGAGCAUUUUUUUAUACAUGAUAUUUAAAGUUGAAUAAGAAAUAAAAUGUUUUGAACCUUCA